UGAAUACUGAUUGUUCACUGUUCAGGAUUGUCCGAUUGUCUAUAAAUUGAUUGUCGCCGUCGUAUUGUGCGUUGUGCAUGGUUGUGCGGUUGUGGUGUUAUCAACAAGUAAAAACAGAGUUUAGCCGAAAUCGUUCUAUUUUUAUACUAUUUGCAAUGUAUUAUAAAUAUUAUUGCUUAUAGGCAGGUUGUAGUUUGUAAUCAGUAAUCACCCAAUGAUUAAGAUAUAAUGGUUCAUCUAUCUUUCGUUUAUUUUUAAGUUUCAACGGUUUCAGAUUUGUACGGUUAAUAUUUACGGCUAUAAUAUUCACCUAACAUUAUGAAUCGUUCUAAAAAGAUGCCUUGCUGUUCCCACUGCAAUACUAAUUAUCAAAUUGGAGAUGUAUAUGGACCCAAGAAUCCAAUGUUGUUAGUUUGCGGACAUGAUAUGUGUAGAAAUUGUAUAAAGUACUUGUACAAGAAGAAUAGACAAGUUAUUUGUAAAGUUUGUCAAGCUGAUUGCAUGAUUAAAUGUGAUGACGAAAUAUCAAACAUACCAAUACACUACUUUAUAGUUGGUAAAGUAUGGUACUCAUCACACAACAGACAGCGUAAAAUAUAUCAAGAUAUUUCUAAUAUUAAAAUGACAAAAUUUCCUUCAAAGUCUUUAAUCAAAACUAAAACAAAUUGUCAAAAUUGUCAAAAAUAUGCAGCUAUCUUUUGUGAACAAUGUGAUGAGGUGUAUUGUGCAGAUUGUUCUCAAGAGAUUCAUAUGGAAAAUCAUAUAAUGUCACAACAUGAUUUAAACAAACUAGAUACUACACACCUUGAAUUUCUUCAAGCAUCCAAGUGUGAUCUUCAUUUGAAAAUAAAUGACUUUAUUUGUAUAACAUGUGAAAUAGAAUUGUGCCCAGUGUGUGCUGUUGAAAAUCACCGACAUCAUGAAGUUCAUCAUUUGGAAAAAUAUAAUAUUAGCCAAGUACAACGCUUAAAUGAAUAUUCAUUAAAAGGAGAUAUUUUACUUAAAAGAUUGAAACAUUAUCGAGAUAAGUUCAAUGAAAAGGUGCAAAAACAUCGAUGUUCUAAUCUUAAGAAAAAUAAAAACGAACAGAAUAAGAAAUGUAUAUCAACAUACGUAUCUUCUGUAAUUGGAACUUUACAGUGUUUGGAACAACGGUUAUUUUGGAUGAUUGAUAAAGCUGAACAGUCUUCCACCAACUCUAUGACCCAUGUGGUUGGCCAACUAAGCAGUUUCAUAGACGAUCUGCAAAGCAAAUUGAACCUCUUAGACGUGCUGUUGAAGAGCAAUAAUUAUUCGUCCAUCGCGAUGGUGGAUCACAUUGCCGGCAUUCAAAGCAUGCUGGACACGACUUAUUACUUGGCGAAGAAGAACAAAGCCGAAUCAUCGAUCAUGUUCGAUGAACAUAUUUACGAUGCCGUUCAGCGUUGCGUGCUUUUCGAUAUCGACACAUCCGAUCAAUACGUACUGGGAUGUUCACCCGACCUUCUGCCCGAAUACACCUUGAGCGCUACGAUCGGACUGAACUCGGAUGACAACACCGCGCUGUCCGAAAGACGGCCGUCGUCUGUCUCGAGCAUGUUGUCUUCGACGAUGUCAAUCAGCAGCAAUUAUUCGGCGGUUUCCGGUGCAGAGGCCGCUGCCACUUUUGGUGAUGUCUCCGCCUCUUCUGCUGAUGCCGCCGCCUCUUUUGUUGACGCCGGAGCCUCUUCUGUUGACGCCGGAGCCUCUUCUGUUGACGCCGGAGCCUCUUCUGUUGACGCCGGAGCCUCUUCUGUUGACGCCGGAGCCUCUUCUGUUGACGCCGGAGCCUCUUUUGCUGACGUCGCCGCUGAUUCCUAUGACGACAACACUUCCUGUGAUUCCGCCGCCGCUUCCGUCGUCGACGGUCCACCGCAAUCGCAGGUCGUCAAGGAGAUCGUGAAAAACCAAGUCGAGCUCGUAGUCGUGUCGCACCUCAACAGCCCGUCCGACUUUUAUGUGCAGCUUAACGCCAAUUCGGACGUGUUGGAUAUGGUCGACAGCGAACUGAACAGACACGUGAAAUCAAAACGCGGCGCUGUACCGGUGGAUCACGUGGAAAUAGAUAAUACCAUUAUGUACGCCGUAAAAACAUCAGCUAAUAAAUGGUGCCGAGGUGUUGUACUCCUCACCUUCAACGAAAAUAAUACAGAUUUGUUCAGAGUACACUUUAUCGAUUACGGUUUUAUGGAGACUUUAACAGCCGACAGAAUUAGAAGUGUGCCAGUAAGUGUUGUAUCAAUACCACCAUUAGCCUAUAAUUGUGCCAUAUAUGAUUUGAAGCCAAAAUAUACAACUGGGUGGUCAAAUGAAGCAUUCAUAUUAUUCGAUGAUUUGAUGUCACUAAAGACAGGUUUAUAUUUUAUAUACCCUUUGGAAAUAAAAGAUUUACGUAUCGGGGUUGAUGUAGUUUGGAAUGGAGACAUUUAUCCGCUGUCCAUACGCGAUGCUAUGUUUUUUUUGGGAUAUGGUUCUUAUGAGUAUUAUGUGAACAAACAAUUGCAUCAAGAACUUUUGAAUAUGAUAACAUUGCCUGAUAAUUUAAAACUGGAAGAAAAAAAAAGAUAUUCUGUUAUCUUAUGCCACUUCAUUUCACCAACGGAGUUUUAUAUGCGAAUAGGUGAUGAUACUGCCCAAUUAGAAGAAGUUAUGAAUACACUAAAAACAAUAUACAUACCUACUGCAGAAAAUACGCAUAAAAACUAUUUAUUAUAUACACCACAAAUUGGUAUGGCUGUUGCAGCUAGAUAUUCUAUUGAUGGUCAUUGGCAUCGUGCAAAGAUAACAAGUUUGCCUGAAGAGCGCUUGGUUACUGUUUUUUAUAUAGAUUUUGGCAAUUCAGAAACAUUGCCAUGGGAUGAAUUAAGAGUACUCGAUAAAAACCUCAUUAAGACACCUCCGCUUGUAAUAAAGGCAUCAUUGGCUGAUAUUAAUCCCGCUGUUGAUGGUAUAGAAAGUACCAAGUGGAGUGAUAAUGCUUGUGCUGCAUUUUUAAAUUGUUCAAAGAUUGAUUACGCUGAUGAUGAUUUGAUUGCUUUCAUACACGAAGUUGAUGGUGAUACACACAAAAUUGUUUUAUAUAAUUGUUCAUCAAGAGCUGAGAUUUGCUUGAAUAGUAAACUUGUAUCUCAAGGAUAUGCUACAACAAUGGAUCCUAUAUCAUGCGUAUUCAAGAAAACAAACACAAGAAAACAAGUGAAGCAACCAGUGUUACUAAACUCUAGAAAUAAAGAAGUAAUUUUACCAUCUGAUGACACUUUAUCAUUUACUAAGCUGCGAUCAGUUACUGAAAAUGAAAGUCAUGGUUGGAAAAAUAAGAAAAAUAAAUAUCCUGGUAUGCCAAUGUCAAUCGUAAAAAUUGUCAGUCCUGAUGAAAUAAUUCUAAAAAAAAUGAAUUAUAAUACUGAGAUAUUGACUGAAAAAAUGAACAAAAUUUAUGGUGAUAAAAAAAAAAAAAAAAACAAUAUUGAUUGGAAAAUAAAUGAUUUAUGUGCAAUAUUAAUUAAAAAGUAUGGAAAUUGGUAUAGAGGAAAAAUUAUAAACAUAAAUAUAACUAAACAUAUGGUUACAGUUUACUUUUAUGACUUAAAUGAAACAAUUGACGAGAUACCUAUCAAAAGUUUACAUGUACUUGAAGAAGAAUGUGGUAAAUUAAAAUGUGGAUUUCUGCAUUGUGGUUUGAACAAUUUAGUUCCUUUAGGUGCUUCAGAUGGAAUAUGGCCUAAAUUUAGUUGUGAUCGUCUAAUUGAAGAAUUAAAAAAAUAUCCUACAGUAUAUUUCUCAAAUCAGGCAAAGGAGAAUGAUAUUGCAUUAGGAGAAAUAUGGGUCAGAGUUAUAGACAUCCCGCGAGCUUUAGAACCGAUACGUGAACAUUGGACAAAUAUAAACCGAUUUAUGAUAGAACAAGGUUUUGCUUUAAGUAAAAAACAAGUUAAAAUGGAUGGCGAAUAUUCAACAAUAUGCUCUCAAUCAGAAUCAGAAUUCAAUUACUCUAGUGUACCAAAAGAAAAUGAUGAAAUUGUUAACUCUUGGAUGCCUCCUAAUCGUUUGGAUAAAUCUCAGUUCAACGCUAAUGUGACAAAUGUUGAUUUGGAAUGCAAUAUCUACUUUCAAAUUUUGGACGACGAAACUCCUCAAUCACUACAGCUUAUUAUGGACGAAUUGAAUUACAUAUUUUCUAAUAGCCAACCUGAACCAAUAAAUAUGGAAUGGAGUCGAGGACAGUCGGUUAUAGUUAAAUACCAUCAAGACCAAAAGUGGUACCGAGGAACAAUAUUAAAAAUAGAUGAAAAAAGAGAGUUUACCGUACAGUUUUACGAUUACGGAAACAUCGAGACGUGUACGCACGAAGAACUCCGGUCGACCUUGCACACGACCGAAGUGCCCCAACUGUGUCACAGGGGAUUCUUCAGCGCCAUUUUACCGAUUACGAAAAAUGGGAAAUGGCCGAUACCCUCGCUCGACCAUAUACACAACAUAGUCGUCGAAAAAACGUGCCGGAUAACGAUCGACGAGAAUCAGUCGACCGACGACGUGUAUGCGAUCAAGUCCUUAAGAACAGUUGAAGACAAUUUGGACGUGUUUCAAUAUCUGGUGACGGAAAAAAAAGCGUACUUCGAGUACGUUUCGUCGUCGAUCAUUGAUCUGGUGGAUACAGACGAAAUAGACAAUGGUGGCGCAGCCGACGACAGUAAAUGUGACGCGGCCAACGAAAACAUUAGCAACGCCGCAUACGACAACGGUCACGAUGACUGUACGACGUACGUCGAUGGCGGAUCGAUCUACGACAGCGGUGGACAGACCUACGACGACGGUGGUGGACAGACCUACGACGACGGUGGUGGACAGACCUACGACGACGGUGGUGGACAGACUUAUGACGACGGUGUGGCGGUAGACGAAGAGCGGGCGACCAGCGUUGGUACGCCGGACGCAUCGGCGGCGGUGAUAUUGAACGAGGACGACGGCUAUUCAAAGUUCUGUCUGGAACGCAACGAAGUGGUCGAGGGCACCAUGUGCCGCAUCACCGGACCCACUAGCCUCACGUUGGUGAUCACGAAAAUUGGCGGUGUCGACCUGAUCGUUGCCAAGAACAACAUGCACAAAGUAAUGUCCGACAAAUGCAGCACCUUGCCGCCGCCCAACCACAUCGUACCAGGCACUGCUGUGAUAGUUUAUCACAACGUGCUGUGGAGACGCGGUCUCGUUGAAGACGGCGGAAACUCGGUGUUUCUGGUCGACUUCGGCAUGUCCAUCAAGCUGGUAAAAAAAAAUCUGAGACGGUGCAUCGCGGAGUUUUUCGAAUUGCCGAUGUUCACGAUCGACUGUCGGCUGGAAAACGUCAGACCGAGCGACGACGCCAGUGCCGAAGACGUCGUUGACAAACUGUCCAAAACGUUGAGGGGCGUCAGUUUAAAAAUCGUCGGGAUCAGCGAAUCGGACGACGACGACGACGUCGCCGGCGUGGAGUUGUACAACAGCGAAGAAGAAAUUGCAUACCGGUCGCUGGUUGACGCCAAACUGCUGAUUCCCGCCGAGUGAUGCGUUUUAUAUCGUUUUUAUCGAUCGUAACGCGUCAUCAUCCGGUGCGCGUUUGUACACACGCAUUGUCAAUUAGAUUUUAAGUUAGCGGUUAAUAGACGAUUUAAUUUAUUUGAUUUAUCGGAGUUAAAUAUAACCCGCAGGGUGAAUGUGCUAUAUAGUCAAAAUGUAUAAUUAUUACACUCUCGGUCGGUCUUGCGAUGUUUAUAACGUGAUGGGGGGGACCAUGUAAGAUGAUCGGUCGAAAGCCUCGCGCGUCAUUUUAAAUAUUUUUUGACGUGCAAACAAAAGUUAACUAUUACUACCUAUAUAUUAUGUGUAUAUUUUGUUGCUAUUUAACUUUUUUACUUUCGCCAUUGACGAUUACAUGUUAUAUUAUGUAUUUUUAAAAACCUUACUGUAAUAAUUAUUCGCUGUGUGCGAUUCGUUCGAAGGACAUUUCGUUAAAUUAUAUUUUACUUUUGUUCUAUUGUAUUUUUUUUUUUUAUUUUUUUAUUAUCAAGUUGACUAAUCGAAAAUUCUAUUAUUUUUAAGGUCUAUCGCGGCUCAUUUCUCGCUUUACUGAAAACGAAUAAAAACGUUUUAAUAUUUUUUAAUAAAAUAAAGCUUUCUCAUA